AAUUAUUUCUCUCUUCUUUGCUGCUUUUGCUACGCAAGGCCUUGGGUUGGGCCUUCUCUCUCCUUCUCUCUCUCCCUCAAGCUGCUCAACCUCCAUAUCCAGCUAUCUCAGACCAUGCUCCUUCUCUGUGUCCAUGGCAGAUCCAGCCUCUAAACAUUAAAAGUUUAAAUCUGUCCUUCAAAGGUUUCUGCUUCUCUCAAAUCUCAUAUCCGGAUCCGUACAGCAUUUCUCAGCUCGAGCUCACGCUACUUAAACCAGGCUCCGAGCUCCGUUUUGCUUCAUGGGUUCGAAAAGAAGCAAGUCCGAUUCACCGGACCCGGACGAGCCGAACCGGGUCGGGUCGGAUUUUCCAGACGAGGUUUUGGAGCAGGUCCUCGGCAUGGUGAAGUCCCGCAAGGACCGGAGCUCGGUCUCACUGGUGUGCAAGGACUGGUACGACGCGGAGCGGUGGUCCCGCCGCCAAGUGUUCAUCGGAAACUGCUACUCGGCGUCGCCGGAGAUAGUGACCCGGCGAUUUCGGAGCAUCCGGAGCGUGACCCUGAAAGGGAAGCCCCGGUUCUCGGACUUCAAUCUGGUUCCUCCGAACUGGGGCAGCGAUGUUCAGCCUUGGCUGGAGGUGUUUGCCAGCGAAUACCCGCUUCUGGAGGAGCUGAGGCUGAAGAGGAUGACGGUGACUGAUGAGAGCCUUGAGUUCUUGGCUGUUUCGUUUCCUGGGUUCAAAGCUCUCUCGCUUCUCAGCUGUGAUGGGUUCAGCACAGAUGGCCUCGCAGCCAUUGCCACUCACUGCAAGAAUUUGACUGAGCUGGACAUACAGGAGAAUGCAAUUGAUGAUAGAAGUGGCGGAUGGCUAAGUUGCUUCCCCGAAACUUUCACAUCUUUGGAAAUACUAAACUUUGCCAGCCUCAAUAGCGAUGUCAAUUUCGAUGCUCUUGAGAAACUUGUACGCAGGUGCAAAUCAUUUAAGGUGUUGAAGGUUAAUAAAAAUGUAACCUUGGAACAGCUACAGAGGCUUCUUACCCAUGCUCCUCAGCUUCUGGAGCUAGGCACUGGCUCAUUUAUGCAAGAGCUCACCGCCUGUCAGAAUUCACAACUUGAAAGAGCAUUUAGCAAUUGCAAUAAUUUACACACGCUCUCUGGUUUAUGGGAAGCAACGGCCCUUUAUCUUCCAGCUCUGUAUCCUGCAUGUACAAAUCUCACUUUCUUGAAUUUGAGUUAUUCUGCUUUGCAAAGUUGGGAACUUGCUAAGCUUCUUGCUCAUUGCCCACGUAUACGGCGACUUUGGGUCCUGGACACAGUGGAAGACAAAGGGUUGGAGGCUGUCGGAUCUAACUGUCCUUUGAUCGAGGAACUCCGUGUUUUCCCUUCUGAUCCUUAUGGUGAUGAUAUUAUCCAUGGGGUGACUGAAUCUGGGUUUGUUGCUGUGUCUUAUGGCUGCCGAAGACUCCGUUAUGUCCUCUACUUUUGUCGGCAGAUGACUAAUGCAGCUGUAGCAACUGUUGUAAAAAACUGCCCUGAUUUCACCCACUUUCGUCUCUGUAUAAUGAACCCAGGGCAACCAGAUCACAUAUCAAAUGAGCCCAUGGAUGAGGGUUUUGGUGCAGUGGUGAAGACUUGCACUAAACUCCAAAGGCUUGCAGUUUCAGGUUUAUUGACCGACCGCACAUUUGAAUACAUUGGAGAAUAUGCUAAGAAUUUGGAAACGCUUUCAGUAGCUUUCGCUGGAAAAAGUGAUUGGGGGAUGCAGUGUGUGCUGAAUGGUUGUCCAAAGCUCAAGAAACUUGAGAUAAGAGACUGCCCAUUCGGGAAUGCGGCUUUGCUCUCAGGUUUUGAGAAGUAUGAAUCUAUGAGAUCACUUUGGAUGUCAGCCUGCAAUGUGACAAUGAACGCAUGUCGGCUAUUGGCAAGUGAGAUGCCAAGAUUGAAUGUUGAGGUAAUGAAGGAUGAUGGGAAUGAUGAUGAUCAGGCUGAUAAAGUCUAUGUUUACCGUUCUGUUGCUGGGUCAAGAAGGGAUGCCCCACCUUUUGUUCUCACUUUCUGAAGGUUGAAAACCUAUUGUGCUCACCCUUUGAAGCUUACAAAAUACAUGGUAAUCUCUCUCACCCUCACACAUUCCGGGGGAUCUUACCACAGUCAGCAAUUACUCUGUGCACUUUCAUCGAGUUAGUUCCGUAUCUUAUAUGUGGUUACACACACAGGUACCUUCCAUCAUCAGGUUACAUGGUCUUUAACAUCCUGCUAGGGUAUCUUAUAUGAGCCCUGCCUGUGUGCGCUUGUUCAGGCUGUUCAUGUUUUUCUAUCAUCAAUCCACCAGUUCCUAUGACCUAAGACCAAUAUUGUUCAUACAACCUCAAGUUUCUGCAGAGGACAUUUAAAGACAUUGGAUUUGAUAUUUUUACUUUGGUUCAGCUUAAUAAAUGGAAACGCAGGAUGAUAAAUUACUGAACUUGGAAUUUGUUCAUUUAUUAUGAUAUACAAAUUCAAGGAGAACAGGAAGGCAGUAAAGAUUUAUGAAGCAGAGCUUUAUGCCUUCACGGCUUCCAAUGGCGGGAUCCUAUUUGCUUCAGCAGCAAGAUUGGCCGUACCCCUGAAAACCAAGAAAGCAAGGCUACCAAUCAAGAAAUGGAUGAAGCAGCCUUGGCUGUGUGUCACAAACGAACCAAAAUCUGUUCCUACUAUGCACUGCCACCCAGUCCCGUAUGACUCAUCGAAUUCCUGCAUGGAAACAAGCACAGAAAAAGACACAUGAAUUUCAAAUGAUUUAGUGAUGAUUCAGUGCUGAGGAUAAUACUGGAAAGAGGAGCUGACCUUCUUUAUGAAUUGGGCGAUUUCGGUAGGUUCAGUGAUAUCAAAUAUAUCGAGAGCCUUUGCAGCUAAAUGGAGCGCGUCUUGCUGCAUUGUUUGAAGCAUGUCAGUCUCGUUAACGACGGCUUUGCCUUCUAACAUGGCUGCAGAAAACCUGCCUUUGAGUUGCUGAUGUUGAGAUUGGUGAAAGAAUUAAAAGCAGAUGAAGCAGUCUAGAUUGAAGGCAUAGGCAACCGGGCUAUAUGGAAAUGGGAACUUGAGUUUCUACACAAGUCCAGGCUUUGCGAUCAUUCGCAAAGAAUUAAUGCAAUGGAAUAAAGCCUGGUGGUCAGGAAACAGACAAGCUGAUUGGUCAUGUAAGAUGGGGACAUGAAAGAUGCAUUGCUUGUGCACUUGUUCUUGCAUCUGGUUUGAUCAAUGGCUCAGAAUCUGCGGUAGCAAAGGGCAUUUUUAGUUUGGGGUCCACAUUAUCUUGGAGAUGCAGGACGUAUGUGGUUGCAUAACGAAUACACUUCCCGUUAGUGUCAUGGACUAUGUUGUGAGGUUGUUAAUGAGUUAUCUGUUUGCUUGUACUUCUGUUUACUUUUCUUCUCUUUGUUGAUGCGAAGACCUUUUAGCUUCUGACAGAGUUAGGUUCAUGAGAAAAGAACCAGAAAAAGUGAUCAAUAAAACAGAAAAUUGCUUCUCAUUCAGGUCAUCUGCCUGCAUCAA